CGAUUGUCCAUGGUUUGCACUAAUUUUCUCGAUAGGCGGCGCUUCCCAGAAAGCACCGCCUCCUGCAAGUUUUUUGGAACUGCUCCAUCUACGUGCAUGCUUGCUCGAACACCUUCAUUACUAUCCACUUCGAUCACCCUGCGUUUCCUUGACUCUUCCUCUUCAAUAGCCAAUUCCUUACACUUUGAGAUUAAACUCUACACCAUGUGACUGCCCUGACCCGCCGAAGCUCUGCUCGGAUCACCAAAGCUUUUAGAAGCCUCAUGUUGAUCACUAGAUUGUUACCACUAAGAAUCAGCCACUUGUUCCCGGGUUGCACACUGCCUCGUCUCGUAUCUGCACGUAGCCAUGCCCCAUAUGACUCCUCUACAAUCCAAGGAGUCGCUGAUGAUGGGGGCAGAUUAUUACGAGACAGAAUCUGAGAUUGCGUUUCUUCUUGGCAAUGGAGAUGUACCAAUUGGGAUUGCGCAAAAUUCAAAAAUAAGCGGCACUACACCACCGGCUACACCAUGGAUUAAAACCCAUCCAAGUAUCCAACUGUUCAACCAUCCAAAAAGCCAUCGUCAACAACAUUAAGAAUAAAGGCUACGUAAUCGAUUUUGGUUUGCACUAAUUUUCUCGAUAUUAUAAUAACGGUUAUAAGCUAUAACCUUGGAGCUAGAGUGGUAGAUUCUUGUUGACUGGAACGUUAAUGGAAGCUUUUUCUGCAGCUCUGAAUUUUGCAACCCCAUUUGCAAGGGAGAAUGAAGUUUGGUGGAAGAAGAGCAAAGGGACGAUGAAGAAAAAUGUUUUGGCUAAUCAGUUCUCUAAAAGAUUCAAAACUGAAAGAACAGAAAGAGAUAUGAAACCAGGAUUUGCUUUCUCUGUUCUCUCCGGAGGAAAUGGCAAUGAUACUAUGAGUGUUGAAGCACCAGGAAUGGAGAGAGAUAUAGCAAACCCUAAAAAUGUGGCUGCAUUCAUACUGGGAGAGGGUGCUGGGACCCAGUUAUUCCCGCUUACGAAUAGGACUGCAACUGCUGCUGUCCCGGUCGGAGGAUGUUAUAGGAUGAUUGACUUCCCAAUGAGCAAUUGCAUUAACAGUGGAAUUAACAAGAUCUUCGUGUCGACCCAAUUCAAUUCUGCGCCUCUCAACCGUCACAUUGCACGCACCUACUUCGGAAAUGGUGUGAGCUUGGGCGAUGGGUUUGUAGAGGUUUUAGCAGCAACUCAGACAUCAGGAGAAGCAGGAAUGAAAUGGUUUCAAGGGCCGGCUGAUGCUGUCAGGAAAUUUAGUUGGGUAUUUGAGGAUGUGAGGAACAAGGACAUUGAUAAUAUACUUAUUGUGCCUGGUGAUCAACUUUACCGGAUGGACUAUAUGGACUUAGUGCAGAAACACAUUGAUUGCAAUUCCGAUAUUACCCUUGCUUGUGCACCAGUUGGGGACAGCCAAGCAGCAGACUUUGGGCUGGUGAAAAUUGACCACAGGGGCAAAGUUGUCCAGUUCAACGAAAAACCCGCAGGCGCGAGCUUAAAAGAAAUGCAAGUGGACACCAGUCUCAUAGGAUUGUCUCCUGAAGAAGGCAAAAGGAAUCCACAUAUUGCUUCAAUGGGAUUAUAUGUGUUUAAGAGAGAUAUUCUGAUGAAGCUGUUAAGCUGGAGAUACCCCACAGCAAAUGACUUUGGGUCAGAAAUCAUUCCUGCUGUUAUCCAUGACCACAAUGUUCAAGCUUAUAUCUUCAGAGACUAUUGGGAAGACACAGGGACACUAAAAUCUUUCUACAAAGCAAACUUGGCCCUCACACAAGAGUUUCCCAAGUUUGAGUUUUAUGAUCCCAGGACACCUUUCUACACAUCUCCACGAUUACUACCACCAACCAAAAUCGAUUAUUGCAAGAUUAAGAAUGCCAUAAUCUCCCAUGGUUGUUUCUUGCGGGAGUGUGUCGUGGAACACUCCAUUGUUGGUGAGCGGUCCCGCUUGGAUCACGGCGUUAACCUCAAGGAGUCGCUGAUGAUGGGGGCAGAUUAUUACGAGACAGAAUCUGAGAUUGCGUUUCUUCUUGGCAAUGGAGAUGUACCAAUUGGGAUUGGGCAAAAUUCAAAAAUAAGCAACUGUAUCAUUGACAAGAAUGUAAGAAUAGGGAAGGAUGUGAUCAUCAAGAACACAGAUGGUGUUGAAGAAGCAGACAGGCCAGAUGAAGGAUUCUAUAUUAGAUCAGGAAUUACUAUUCUGAUGGAGAAAGCAAUCAUCAAAGACGGAACAGUCAUAUAAAAUAACCUUAGCAUUUGGAAUCAAGUCAUAUCUCAUUUAUAGUAGUAUAAAGUAUACACUAGUACACACACAUACAUAAUACUACGUACUAUAUACUACGAUAUUACAAAUAUGCAUGUAUAUGUAUAUAUGACAAAUUCCUUUUGUACAUGUUUUUAUACACGACUCUUAUUUGUUCCUUGUGCAUAGCCAAUUCGUCUAAAAA